AUGUAUCGUGACCUAAAAGUUGUAUUUUGGUGGAGGAAUAUGAAGAAUGACAUAGCUGAGUUCGUUGAGAAUUGUCUAAUCUGCCAACAGGUGAAAGCUGCGAAUCAACGACCAUCAAGACCGCCCAAGACAGAUAAAAAAAGUUAUGCAGAUAGAAGACAAAAGGAACUAGAAUUUGCUGUUGGUGAUAGUGUAUUUUUAAAAGUUACACCAAUGAAAGGUGUCUUAAGAUUUGGAAAAAGGGAAAAACUGCGACCAAGAUACAUUGGAUCUUUCGAGAUACUCAAAAAGGUUGAAAGUGUAGCUUAUCAAUUGGCUUUGCCACCAAAGCUUUCUACAGUACAUGAUGUCUUCCACAUUUCGACACUCAAGAAGUACGUUCCUGAUCCGAGUCACGUAUUGAAACAUCAACCCAUGAAAAUUCAACAGGACUUGAGCUAUGAGGAUACCCCACUUUGCAUUAUAGCUAGAAAGGUACAAAAGCUUUGCAACAAAGAGAUACCGUUAGUUAAAGUGUUAUGGCAACAUCAUUCAGUUGAUGAUACAACUUGGGAACGUGAGGAUGAGAUGCAAUCUAAGUAUCCUCAGUUGUUCGAUAAUGUCAACUGA